AUGCGCCAAGCCAAAGGCCACCAGGGACGAGGGUUGUCUGUCACUCUGUCUGAGUCUGACUCUAACGAAGAGCAGUACGGGGUAUUUCCGUGUACGACUUUGGAAAACUUCUGCAGUCAGUCAAUCAGUCAAUCAAGUCCCGCCAUGCAGGCUGCAGACAAGACAAGAGGCAGCACGGCUAAGGUCUCAACCGUCAUCGAUGCGGCACCGAUGCGGCGAUACCAAGCAUCCAAGCCGGACGACACGGCAAGUCUGAUAUCUUGGGUCAUCACCCACCUCACCCACCGAACCACCAACAUCAGACCGUCACCGUCAGCCCGGCCCUGA